AAAAAAGUGUGCAACGAAAGUCUACAAACGAAAUUUACAAUCAUUCGCAUUGUUUUGAAAAAAUCUUUUAAAAUUCAGCUUAUUAAUUACAGUGAAAAUAUCAUAAAUGUGUUGUAAACAUGAAUGCGGAUAUAUUGCAUCAGGACAUACAGAAUCUACUCGAGCUAUUUGCAAAGAACUGCUACAAAGCAAACGAUAAUUCAACAAAUGGAAAUGAUGUUAUGCAAAAAUGCUUGGUUUUGAUGAAAAUAGACUAUAAUGUUGUGGAAAUAUCAAAUAAUCUAGGAGAACUAUCAUCACAUUAUCCAUCAUCUAUUCUAAUACCAGAGUAUGAGUAUCAAAAUAUAAAUAAUCCCAUUAAUAAUUCAAAUACAAAUCGACAAGAAACGAUUUACGAAAGUAUAUACGAUGCUAAUAAACUAAGGGAUCUUAUCAGUAAAGCUCGCUUUGCGCGAUGUCGUGCACGUUUUCCGUUGCCUAUAAUAUUGUAUCGAGGAAAAUAUAUAUGCCGUUCAGCAACCCUAUCUGGAGGACCUGAAAUCUACACUCGAAGUGGCUUUGAUUAUCUCUUUUGUGGAGUAGAUAAUUCGUCUGUAAAGGCACCACUCGACGAAGACGCCUACGAGGCACAAGAAUCUUCACUUAAUCAAGAUGAAACAACAUUUUCCGAAGAGAAAAAUUGGCAACUUUUUGAUCGUGUACGAAGUCAAGACAUUAAAUUGCUGAAAACGCUUAAUGUAGGAACUAUAAUUGACUUUAUGGUCGAAAAGAAGAAAGUGAAAUUUCUGAUGAAUGUAACGUCAUCGGAGAAGGUCGAUAAAGAGAAGCGAUAUCAAGAUUUUAGAAUCAUUUCAUUGCCUUAUCCAGGCUGUGAGUUCUUCCGUGAAUUUCGUGAUAAUAAUUAUUCUGGCGAAGGUCUGGUUUUUGACUGGUCACAUAAGUCUGUUGAUGCUGAAAUUGGAGUGCCUGAAGACAGUAUAUCAUCGCAGAUUAACAUUGAUUGGGAGAAAUACAAAAAUUGGGAUCUUGUUCAAAUCACACAAAGCUACAUGAAACUGAUGCUGAAAUAUCUCCAAGACAGCAGUUCUGGACUGCUUAUACAUUGUAUUUCGGGAUGGGAUCGGACACCUUUGUUUGUUUCUUUGUUGAGACUCUCAUUGUGGGCAGACGGUGUCAUUCAUCAGUCUUUAAAUGCUAUUCAAAUAUUAUAUUUUACAAUAGCUUACGAUUGGUUCCUUUUCGGUCACAAUUUACCUGAUAGACUACAGAAGGGCGAGGAGAUAUUUUUCUUUUGUUUCUACGUUCUUAAACAUUUAAUGGAUGACGAAUACAGUAUUGCUGGACAGAGUCAUCAUUAUUUUAGGUUCCGAAGUAGCAAGCAAAGUAGUAGUGGAAGCAGUUCAAUAGGAGUGAUACGAACAGAUAGUGAUGUAUUUGAUGGAAUGCUUUUUGAUGGCGAUAGUCGAGGAUCGAGUAUAUCAUUAAAUUCAACAUGUAGUGCUCGAAGUCAACAGGAUCACAAUUUGACAGCAUCUUCGAAUGGAGUACAUGAUGACAGCAAUGCAAAUGGUUCCGAUUUCAGCUGGAUUCAGGGACAAGAUGGGAACAACAGUUUUGGCUGUUUCUCAUCCAUCGAAAGUGCAACAAAUAUGCUAAAUGUUUCACCUCAAACGCAAAGAAGGACAAGUCCGAUGUCAGUUCCAAAGAUAUCUGGGGUAAAUACAGAGAAUAAAAUUCAUCGACAGAGGCAGGAAUCAUCAUCGAGUGUAUCAGUUGGAAGUUGGCAGAUGAUAAGUGGAACGGGAAGUUUAAGAAGUCAAGACUCAAACAUCGUUGUCGUAAAUGAGUAUAAUCAUCAUCCAUCAAUAAAUCCAAAUAAUAACAAUACAUCAAUCAAUAAUGCACCACUAUUAAGUCAGUCAAAUACGACAAAUAUGUGUUCAACAACUCAACAGAAUAGCAGUGGCAGUAUAAUGACAAUUAACGGUUCAGUUAAUGAAACAAGUACAAUUGUUGAUGAUGAUUGUUUCACUGCCAACGAUUAUUUUAUGAGACGAGAGCGAUUAAACUCUGUGAGGACGUUAUUUUACAACUGUUAUUCCUCAACAAUUGGUUACCAAUUUAAGAACGGUGCUGAUUCAGCUUUGGGAUCAUUAUUAGGGAAUUUUGCCGAGAAAGUUGGAUUAACGACACAGCGGACACCAAUUUGAGAGUAAUUGUCAUGUGAAGGAGAAAAAAUGAAAUCAAAUAUACCAUUUUAAAGACGUCCAAAAGUUGUUGCAAUUUUGAUAAGACUAACCUGUUAUCGUUAAAUCCAUUUUGUCUUUUUUUAAAAACACUUACAUUUUAAUUAAAUUUUAAAUUUUCGUUAAGGUAUUAUAUUUUCUACUUUAUGUUGUUUCUGUUUUUUUGGAACGUUAUUUACAUUUCCAUUCAAAUAAUUUGAAUUUGUUUUGAGGCAUAAAAUCUAGAAUGGGUGGAAUAAUCGUCAUUCAAAAUUUGAAUUUUUAACGGUUAAUGAGGAUUUGAUAUUUUUUGUAUAAAAAAAAUCAGUUCAAAAUUUUAAAACCCGUUGAUAAAUUUGAAUUUUUGAAAGUCGUUGAAAAUCCACUUUGUGAGAAUCAAAAUUGAAAAUUAUUUAAUUGACGAUAAAAAUUCAACGUGAGUGUCCUAUCAAAAUCAAAACUGUGGCCAACAAAAAGAAACCAACAAAGUGUUCCAUAAUGAUAUUUCGAAAUAAAUUAUAUAAUAUAUUGUGACAUAAAGAGGAUUUAUAUGAAUUUUGUUUCAUGAUUUAAAGAGAGAAUAAAUCUUUUCUUUUUGUUAUCGAA